GAGAUUUUGAAGGAACUCGACAACAAGCUGAGCAACGAGGACCUGGACGGCAUCAUCGACGAGAUUGACGAGGACGGCUCUGGCACGGUGGACUUCGACGAGUUCAUGGAAAUGAUGACUGGCUAAAAGAAAGACAAGAAAACACGUUAUGCCUACUUGGUUGAAGACCCCGUUCCCCUAAUAAAUAUAUUUAUUUUUGAAUUUUACGAAAGAAAAUGCCGAAUUGAGUUUAUAGUUAAUGAUAUUGGUUUACGUAAAAUUUUGAGACCCUGUACAAUGGAAACGAAUAGUAAUACUAUAUGUGUAUGAAACUGCAAUGAGAAUAAAACAUAAAAAAUAUAUAUAAACAAAGUACAGAAAAAAAAGUUUUGGGCUAUACAGUUUUAUGUUCUCGCCGAAUUAUGUUUAAUUAGCCUGUGAUAGAAAUAUAUAUAGUCUUUUCUAAUUAUGAUUUGACCCACUUUUGCUGGUAUCAAGUAAGAAUAAUGUAUGCAGUAUUUUAGUAUAGUAGACAGUGCGCACUUUUAUGAUUUUGAUUUGUAAAAUAAUUUCUUGAUACCACUGUGUAAUUGCAAAGUUUAUUGCAAAGAUCUGUGUUUUCUGUUUUGUAUCGUUUGUAUUACAUUUUACUAAUAAAAUCAUCAGGCCUGGAA